GUGGGAGACAAUUUCAGUUGGCGAUAUGCAUUCUGGGGAGAGGCAUUUUGUAUGCUUCCAUUUGCUGUCUUGGCUUUUGCGAUGAAUCCAUUGCAGUUGAAAGGUUUUGCUCCUGUUGAAUCAAGAAAGUUUUUGGAACCUAAUGAAACAACUAGUCCUUUAAUUGAAGGUUCAGAUGACUCAAACAUAAAGAGUUGCGUGAUAGUUUCCUCUGAUAAAGCUUCUAGGUCAAGCCCUGCAUCCAAAUCUUUGAACCAACUCUCAAGAUUCUCAAAAGAUAUGAAAGAACUUUUGCGUGAUAAAGUUUAUGUUGUUAAUAUUUUAGGUUAUGUGUCAUACAACUUUGUCAUUGGAGCCUACUCAUACUGGGGGCCAAAGGCUGGUUAUAGCAUUUAUCGUAUGAGUAAUCCAGAUUUGUUGUUUGGUGGUAUUACAAUUGUUUGUGGAAUUCUGGGGACGUUAGCUGGAGGGCUCAUCCUUGAUUCAGUGAAUGCCACAAUUAAUAAUGCUUUUAAGCUUCUCUCUGGAGCAACAAUUCUAGGUGCAAUCUUUUGCUUCAGUGCCUUCUGUGUAAGGAGCUUGUAUUUUUUUGUAGUUCUUUUCUCAAUGGGGGAGCUACUUGUGUUUGCCACACAGGCUCCGGUUAAUUAUGUGUCUCUGCGAUGCGUGAAACCAAGUCUUAGGCCAUUGUCUAUGGCUGUCUCAACUGUUUCAAUCCACAUCUUUGGUGAUGUUCCUUCCUCACCUCUUGCUGGAAUCCUCCAGGACCAUGUUAACAAUUGGAGGGUAACAACUCUUGUUGUGACGUCUGUUCUGUUUUUUGCAUCAGGAAUAUGGUUCAUAGGGAUCUUCAUUAGCAAUUCAGACAAGUUUAAUGAAGAUGGUAAGGAAGAAGUCUCCACAGUUGAUAGAGCCACAAAAAAGCCAUUGUUUGAAGAGAACACAAUUGAGGGAGCCCAAGACUCUGGUGAAGCAUAAGUUUACUUUAGUGUAUUCAAGUUGCUUUUGCUUCUCGAAGGUAAUGCCAAUUUGAUCCCUUUUUUUUUUGCAUGUUUUUUUUACCAUGUAAGGUGGUAAAAUGUGUAAUUAGUGUUCCAAGUUUUCCACGAAAUUUUUUUUGGUUGGUAAAUUGUAGAGCUGGACAGUAAUUUGAUCAGUUGAGCAAUUAACCUCCUGUCCCAAUUCACUAUGACUUUUAUAGCCCCAAUGUCUGGAGGAUGGUAUGAUGACAGAACCUCUACAAACCAAACAGCAAGAAAAAAACCAAAAUUUGUCUCUAGAACUUUCAAGGUGGGAGUUGUAAUACUGUUUCUGUCGUUUUGCCGUUUCCACAUUGAGCCCUCUCUGUCAAAUUGUCUGCCUGAAGUUAUUAUGUUACUCUUCUAAAUCAAAUUGCUGUCCACAGUUAGAUUUGUUGGAUCGCUAGUGAGUUGUGAGAAAAAGAAAUGUACAGUGAAACUAAACAAGCAGGAGCAUUACAGAGAUUCAAAUUCAGGAUAUAUAUGUGUAUGUUGUUUGAGAUGCACAUUCCACUGUACAGUGUUCAACAAUGAUGUAAAUAUUUGCUGUUUUCUAGCAUUUCAAUAGAAAAACAGAAGCAUUGAUGUUUAUGAAAGAUUGUUUUUCUUUCCUACAUUCAUCCUGUAACAAACAAGUGAGAUGAACAAAUUCCUAGGGCAUCAUUUGUAUGUAGCAGACUAAGACUGCCUUGUAAUCUUGUUCUAUACAUUUCAAAUCCCAUCUACCACAUCUUCUGUGGGUCUCUGUA